AUGAUACCUAAGAUAGUCGUGUUUGGUGGGAAUGGAUUCUUGGGCAAGAGAAUAUGCCAAGAAGCUAUAAACAACGGAUUCAAAGUGUUGUCUGUGUCAAGGUCAGGAAAAGCCCCGCCACUGCAGUCACCUAAUGAUAGACAAUGGAUAGCCGAAGUAGAAUGGAAAAGUGGCGAUGUAUUCAAUCCAGAUUCUUAUAAGAAAUACUUGCACGGUGCUUCCAAUGUGGUUCAUUCAAUGGGGAUUUUACUGGAAGAUGAAAGCUACAAGAUGAGAAUCAAGAGCCCACUAAGCGGAUCUUUUGACCUAAAAUCUUUAAUUCCAUCUUUUGGUUCCAAUCCAUUAGAUAAGAAGAAUCCAAACUUCACUUACCAGAGGAUGAAUAAAGAAAGUGCUCUUUUGUUGGCACAGACUUUCAGCCAGAUUAUCGACCCAAGCGAGACAAAAGUGAGGGACAUGCCUACCUUCACCUAUAUUUCAGCUGACAAAGGGUUCCCGAUCAUUCCAAAAGGCUACAUACAUUCUAAGAGGGAAGCUGAAGCAGGUUUGAUGCGUUAUGAGGAUGUCUUUCGGCCAAUCCUGGUGAGGCCUGGAUUCAUGUUCGAUGAAUAUAAAACUACGCGCGAUGCUAGAUCAUAUGUUCAUCAUGCACUAGAGUUCUUGAACUGUAGUAACAGACUUCUGCUCGGGAAUAAGCUACGAUUCGUUAAUGAGAUGGUAAGGCCAACUGUUUCUACUCAACAGGUAAGCAGAAGCAUUAUUAAAAAAAUCAAGGAUCCGUCCUUUAAAGGAGUGCUACCGCUCGAAUCUAUUAUUGACAUGACUUAA